CGCAACCGACCACGAGCCGUUCCAGUUCUUGUUGUUAUGGAGAGCUCUGUGUCUAACGUAGAAGUCUGUAACUUGGCCUACACGGGAAAGUUUGAUCAGCUUAAAGCAUGUAUUUUAUCCGACAGAAGCCUAGCGACGAAAACAGACCAGGACCACAGGACUGCUCUGCACUGGGCGUGUUCAGCUGGACAUGCACAUAUCGUUCAGUUUCUUCUGGAACUUGGAGUUGAGGUGGAUGUGAAGGAUGAUGCAUCUUGGACUCCUCUGCAUAUUGCAGCUUCAGCAGGGAGAGAAGAAAUCGUUGGAUCUCUAAUAGGCAGAGGAGCACAAGUCAAUUCAGUCAACCAGAAUGGUUGCACCCCAUUACAUUACGCUGCAUCGAAGGACAGAUAUGGGAUAGCCUUGCUUUUGCUGGAAAAUGGUGCUGACCCUGACGCCACCGAUAAGCUGCAAUCCACACCGCUACACAGAGCCUCAGCAAAGGGGAACUACCGACUUAUCCAACUUCUCCUAAAACAGAGCGCUUCUACUAAUAUUCAGGACUCCGAGGGCAACACGCCACUCCAUCUCGCAUGUGAUGAGGAACGAGUAGAGGCUGCAAAGCUGUUAGUUGAACACGGUGCUAGCAUUUACAUUGAGAAUAAGGAAGAAAAGACGCCUAUAGAUAUUGCCAAAGGUGGACUUGCUAAUAUUUUAAGGAGGAUUGUAGAAGGCUGAAUUGAUUAUGAGGAGGCUUGUGCAUCAGCUGUGUCAAACUGGUUGCCUCUACAGACAUGAGGAACUUCUGUCCCAGGGCUUGGUGGACAGACAGCAAAGAGUUUUCAUGAGUUAAAACAGGACUAGAUAAUGGACUUUGUUUGUGGGAUUGAAGUCUGGAAAGUCUUUUUUUUUUUUUUUUUUUUUUUUUUAUAAAUCAUGCAAUUCACUUCAUCUACAUAGUAUUUUGCUUUGCUUUUUCUUUGGGGGGAAGCAAGUUUUACAUUUUUAAAUCUUACUGUUUGUUAAUAUUAGUUCACAAUAAUGUUUGUUCAAUAGGGAAGUAAUUCAUAUUAUUGUUUGCUUUUUAGACGCAACUACACUACCAGUCAUAAGUUUGAACCCACCUGCUAUCCCAUGAUCUUUCCUGAGUUUUAUUUCUUUCUACACUGUAAAACAAUACUGAAAGCAUCCAAAACAGCAAAUCAUCUCCUUUGAACAGUUAAUAUUAAGAUGCGUCUGCUAAUUAUGCUCUGUAAAGCCUUCAUAACAACUGAGAUGCUGUUAAUUGUUGAUUUUUGAGGCUGGUAAAUGAUCUCUGCAGCAUGAUCUUCAAGAGAGCCAGUUCCAUCAUGGUACUUUAUGGUUUUUGCAAAUGCAUUUGACAAGACUGUUCUUACCAGAACUUUUCCAGAAAAGCUGACCUCCUCGUCUUAAAAUAACAAAUGACCAUUGUUAAUUACCUAAUGCCAUAUGUGUUAUUUCAUAGUUUUGAAAAAAUAAAUCCAAACUUGUGUCCAAA